AAAUUCUAAAUGCCAAAUGAAAUUGAGGAAGGCAGUGGUUUGGACGUUGCCUCCCGACUUGCUGGAAAGAAGAAAUGGGUUACUUGUUCCAUUCUGCUUCUCGUAAACCUGCUAAACUACAUGGAUCGAUACACAAUCGUGGGAGUUAUGUCGCGGCUUGCAACAUUUUUCGAUAUCGACGAUAAGGGGCAAGGCCUUUUGCAAACAGUUUUCAUUGUGUUCUACAUGUUUUUCGCGCCAUUAUUCGGAUAUUUGGGUGAUCGAUACAAUCGAAAAAUGCUAAUGAUCACUGGAAUUUGCAUAUGGAUUUUAGCAGUCUUUGCAUCGUCUUUUUGUGGGGAAGGGCACUACUACCUGUUUCUCCUGUGCCGCGGAAUUGUUGGAAUCGGAGAAGCCUCGUACUCCACAAUCGCUCCAACCGUCCUAUCAGACCUAUUCAGUGGUGGCCUCAGAAGUCGAGUACUGAUGAUGUUCUAUUUUGCAAUUCCAGUUGGAAGUGGUCUCGGAUUCAUUUCUGGGUCAAGUAUUUCACAGGCAACAGAUUCAUGGCAAUGGGGUGUUCGAUUUUCUCCGAUUAUUGGAAUAGCUUGUCUUGGAUUGAUGUUAUGGUUGUUGGAUGAACCAGUGAGGGGAGCUUGUGAUGGAGCACGGCAGAAUGGAGAUGAAGCUGAUUUGAUUGGCGAUAUUAAGUACUUGAUGUCCAUUAAAACAUUCUACCUCGCCUCGGCCGCCUCAAUUGCCUCAUUCUUCUCAAUUGGAACAAUGAGCUGGUGGACUCCACAAUACGUUGGAUUCUCGUAUGCAGUUAUUCAUAAUGUGCCAAAAGUACCGGAGACGGAGCUUACACAAAUCAAUCUAAUCUUCGGAAUCAUAACAUGCAUGGCUGGCCUAUUGGGUGUCGCUACAGGCUCAAUUUUAUCACGAGCAUGGAGAGAUGGUAGCUCAAUCUUCCGUAAUCAUGCCACCGAAAAAGCCGACGUCUAUAUUUGUGCUCUAUCAAUGUUCGUGGCUCUUCCAUUCCUCUUCUUUGCCAUAUUCAUUGCUGAAUACAGUACAAAUGGCUGUCUAAUUCUCAUCUAUUUCGCCAUUAUGUCAAUGUGCCUGAACUGGUCUGUAAAUGUGGAUGUUCUCAUGUACGUAGUGGUUGCAAACCGCCGGGCAACUGCUCUCGCCGUUCAGACAAUGGUUGCACAUUUAUUCGGAGACGCAGCGAGUCCGUAUAUCAUUGGAGUACUGUCAGAUAUGUUACGAGGAGACGAUGCAUCUGCAGUUGGACACUUUUUUGCACUGCAAAAGGCUCUAUAUGUACCAACUUUUAUGUUGGUCGUUGCUGGCGCAUUCUAUUUGGCUGCCACUUUCUUUGUUGAGGAUGAUCGGAAAGAGGCGUUGUAUCAGAUGGAUGCCCCCGAUAACUGGCACCACGACGAUCCUUCGGAAGACUUGGAUGACCUACUUUCUCACGAGAAUCCUGAAACAGUUGAAGGAGUUGAAGAGCAUCCGGCUGAUAUGAUUGUACCGCUUGCACAUUCUGAUGGAGAUACAGCUUGACGAUACGAUGAGGAACAGCAACACAGACAACGACCUUCAUUUAAUUCUUCGACCCCAGACGACAUUGAAACACUCGCUUCCGUAGACGAAGAUGGUAUUAAUCUAGAAGAAGACGCAUGUACAAUUAAAUUCGAUUCGAUUCGCCGGAAAAAUGACGAUAAUUCCGUGGAAAACGGGCAAAAUGCCGCCGAUUUAUCCGAUGAAACGGAUGAAUGGGAUGUACAGAGACCAGAUUCAGGAGAUGAUGAUCCUUGAGUUCGUUUUAGACGUCGUCGUCGUGAUGGUUGUGUGUGUGUGUGUAGAAUCGUUAUUUCCGUUGUUGUAGCUGUUUCUCAUAAUUUUUAAAUUUUUUUUCCCAGCAAAUUUGGGUUAUUUUCGAUAAUUUUAACAAUUUUUGCUGUAAAAAUUAUCUAAAAUUCAGAAAAACCGCUAAAAACUUCCCGACCAAUCAGCGAUUCGCCCCGCCCACUCUCUGACCAAUCAGCGUCUUCGAACUCCAUAUUGAUACAAAUUUUAUAGAUUGGAGAUAAAUGUAGAAAUAUAGAGAAAUAUUCGAUUAGUUUGAAUUUUUUUUAGAUUCGAUGUUUUUACAUACAUUUUUGAUUUUUAAAAUUUGGGUUAAUAUGGAGUUCGAAGACGCUGCUUGGUCUGAAAUGGGCGGAGCAAGUCGCUGAUUGGUCGGGGAGUUUUCGCGAUUUUUCUGAAUUUGAGACUAUUUUGGAUUUUUUUUCAAACAAUCGAAAUCCCAAAAAUUAUCGGAACUUUCUAUAAAAACCAGAAAAUCACUAAGAACUCUCCGACCAAUCAGCGAUUCGCCCCGCCCACUCUCUGACCAAUCAGCGUCUUUGAGCUCCGUAUUAACCCAAAUUUUAUAGAUUGAAGAUGAAUGUAGAAAUAUCAUUUACUAUAUAUAAAGCGCGUGUCCUUCCG